AGGUAAACGGAGAUAAACAGGAAAUCGUCGGCCUUAGCCGGUCAUUUCAUUUUCUGACAUUGCGUUUGCUUUGUUAAAAGGGGGACACGCGGGUUAGAGAACGCGUACAGCAACAUGGCAGCGUCCAAUUACUCCUUAAAGGUGGACAGACACUUGCUGGACCCGAACUUCGAAAGUUACCGCCUGUCUCUGGACCCCCUCCCGAUGUACAACGUGGAGCUGGAAACAGCUGUUGCUGAAGUUGGACUGCAGGACAGCCAGUAUACACUGGACCAUGUGCGUGCUUUUGGGAUGUACAACUAUUUGCACUCUGAUCCCUGGUAUGAAGACAGCAUGUAUUUUGUGGAUCAGCAUGGUCGUGUUAUGGGUUUUUCGGUGACCCUGGACAGCGUCCUUGGCAAACCAAAGGAAGUGUUUCGGCUCUCGUCGGAGCUGCACAGCUUUGAGAAUCGCCUUUGUUCUUCGAUUCACUUCACAUCUUCCACCUGGGUCACCGUGUCUGAUGGAACUGGACGCCUGUAUCUUCUGAGGACGAGCAAACGAGGUGCCAGUCCGCAUGGCAAGUGGGAGGUCAUGUUUGACCAGACUCUCGGAGAGCCCUUUAUAAUUCUCAACAGCCUUUCCUACGUGGCCUCAGGCUGCCAUUCCUUCGAGGUGCUUGUGCUGCGGUUAGAGAAGGAGGAGGUCCUUUCCAAAGGAAGUGGCUUCCUUGUGUCACUUGAAUGGCUCACCAUCACCGGAGAAGGUGACAAGGGAGAAAAAAAAUAUGAAAUACUCACAAGGAGAAUCCUGCAUGGCAAGUCAGUUCCUCACUACGCUGCACUUGAACCAGAAGGCAAUGGCGUCAUGAUUGCAUCUGACAGGCCCUUCAAGUUCAUUCAGGUCAACGGGGAACCAAUAAGAGAAACCAGUGAAGAAGCAAUGGACGUUGAGGAGAGAAAAGAGCCAAUCUACUACUGGCAGCAAACCACUGAGGACUUGACAAUUGCGGUACGCUUACCUGAAGGCACGACAAAGGAAUCCGUCCACUUUAAACUGUCGAUGGACAACCUUCAAGUUGGUCUGCGGGGUUUUGCUCCUUUGAUGGAUGGCCAGCUGUACUCCUUGGUUGACUGUGAAGCCAGCACAUGGAUUAUGAAAGAGAAAAGUUUAGAGAUAAACCUGGUGAAGAAGAAUGAGGGACCAAUGUGGCCUGAAGUAGUUAUGGGUGACAGAAAUGGAGAAUUUAUCAUGGACCCUGCUCAGGCUGCUCUUAUAAUGGAGGGACUAAAGUAUCUUACCUCAGAAGACUUGAAUGCAAACCCUGAAAAAGAUAAGCCGCCGUGUAACGCCCAGGAGCUGGAGGAGUGUGACGUCUUUCCUGAAGACAGCUCAAGCCUGACGAGAUUUGAUGGGCGAACACUAAAAGCCACCCAUGUGGUAAAUCUCAGCAGCCACCAGUACCUGUUCACUGUUGUCACUAAUCCAGAAGAGAUGCCCUGUCUCUGUCUACGACACGAUGUCGACGCUUUAUUGUGGCAGCCCCAUGCGGACAAGCAGGACAACCUGUGGGAGCACAUCGCGACCUUCAAUGCUUUAGGGUACGUCCAGGCAUCCAAGCGAGACAAGAAGUUCUCAACCUGUGCCCCUAAUCAUUCCUACGCCGCCCUGUGCGAGUGUCUGCGGAGAGUCUUCAUUUAUCGGCAGCCGUCUCCGGUGUCCACCGAGCUCUACAACCGGAAGGAAGGCAGACGAGUAGGUCAGGUUGCUAAGCAACAGGUGGCGAGCCUGGAAUGCAGUGAUGCCGUCCUGGGAUUUAGUGCUACAAAUGAGAGACUCUUUGUCUUGACUUCAAAGAAUUUGUUUGUCAUAAAAGUGAACAGUGACAAUUAACGGCGUAUUCCAGCAGUCUGCUCGUAGCUGGUGAAGGCGCCCCCUUGAGUGCCAGUAUUCCAAAAGGUGUAAAGCAUUUCAGAGGUCAACAUCCAAGCAGGCCUGAUGAGAUCUGUCCUCCUGGUCCACGGUGUGUGGGCUCGCUUGACGUGCUUUUAAACGGAUUGGCACAGUAACGACGGGCACUCUCGUAUUUAAUAAAAUUGGAAGUUCACUUUUGUACAAUCA